AUGAAAAAGUGUAUUUUAAUUAUAUUUAGCAUUUUAUUAUUAACUUUUAUUUCAUCAACAGUUGCUCUUGAACAAAAUUCAAAUAGUGCUGUUGAUGAAACAAAUUAUGUUUGCGAUUUCUGUCAAAUUACUAUUGAAAUUACAGAAUUCCUUAUUAAAAACUAUAGUAUGACCAGAGAUCAAAUUGAAGAUAAACUUUCAAGUAUUUGUACUUAUAUUCCAGUAGAGUAUAAAAAGGAAUGCAAAUUCUUUAUGCUUUUUACAGGACCAAUUAUUUCUAAAUCACUCUAUAAAGGUGAAGAUCCAUUGAAAUUCUGUACAACUUAUGGUUUAUGUUCAGCAACUCAAAAAUCACCAGUCAAAAAUUUAAUUGUUAAAUCAUUUGUUGAUGACUUUAAUCAACAACAAUCACAACAAAUAAUUUCUAAAUAA